CGGCGGCUGCGCAUGCGCAGUGGCUGUUGUGGCCCUCGGCGGCCCUAAAGGGGACUUCAAGGAGACGGCGGCGACGCUGCUGAGGGCUUCUCCUCAGGGUCGGGGCUACAGCCGUCAUGCCGGGGAUAGUGGAACUGCCUACUCUGGAGGAGCUGAAAGUGCAGGAGGUUAAAGUCAGUUCUUCGGUGCUUAAAGCUGCGGCCCAUCACUAUGGAGCUCAGUGUGACAAGCCCAACAAGGAGUUCAUGCUCUGCCGCUGGGAGGAGAAAGACCCCAGGAGGUGUUUAGAGGAAGGCAAGCUGGUCAACAAGUGCGCUUUGGACUUCUUCAGGCAGAUAAAGCGCCACUGUGCUGAGCCUUUCACAGAGUAUUGGACCUGCAUCGACUAUUCCAACCUGCAGUUAUUUCGUCACUGUCGCAAGCAGCAGGCCAAGUUUGACGAGUGUGUGCUGGACAAGCUGGGCUGGGUACGGCCGGACCUGGGAGAACUGUCAAAGGUCACGAAAGUGAAGACAGAUCGACCUUUACCGGAGAAUCCGUAUCACUCGAGACCACGGCCGGAGCCCAACCCCGAGAUAGAGGGAGACCUGAAGCCUGCCAGACACGGCAGCCGCCUUUUUUUCUGGAGCAUGUGAAGGGGGGUCCCUGGCCCAGCCUCGGUCAUGCGCCCAGACAGCGACUGAUGAAAACGCCCAUGCCAUGCGCAUCGACCGAUAGUGUGUUCUUUCCGGGAUCACAAACAUCAACAAGAAAGUUAAUUUAUGUGACUUGGCAGUUAUUCUAUACCAUUUCCUGUCCAUUAAAAAUUUUAAAGGAAA